CUGGCGAGUUUUGUAUAAGUCGGGAGUAACCUGAACUAACUAACUAGGUUGGUUGUUGACUCAAAGCCCUGGGCGUAUCCUGUUCAAGGCCAUUGGCUACAUACAUUGCAUCCAAGAUGCCGAGUUCCUGCAAUGCUAUACGAGAUGCGCUGGCCCAAUGUCUACAACAAUCAGACUGCAUCAUGGUCCAACGACAUACUCCCCGAGAAUGUCUCACCGAACCCCUAGUCGAUGAACUCCCCAUGCGCUGCCAACAAUUACGGAAAGGAUUCAGCGAGUGCAAGCGUGGACUAAUCGAUAUGCGCAAACGAUUCCGUGGAAACGCUCCCCUUUCAAUGUCCAAGGAGGUCGACGGCAAGUCCGGCACGUCGCAGCAACUGUACGCUGGUAAACCGGCGUUCGAGACAGUCAAGGAACUCAGUGGAGAUGAAGUCCAGAUGGACCCGGAGAAGACUCGAGGUCUGUAAGAGAGUAAGAUAGAUAGAUAUACACACAUAUAUCUAUGUAUGUAUGUCUGGGGAAGUGAGGGGCCAGGGAAUGUUUAAGAAUGAGGACCCCCAUGGGAUCAUUGUAACACAAAUUUCAUUUUCUUUUUCCUGUUCUUUUUUUUUUUUUUUUUUUUUUUUUUU